AUGGCGACUUCUCCUGAUAUCCUUGACCUGCUUCGUCAAUCCAUAACGUCGAAUCUUCCACCGUCACUCCUCACUUCGUCUUCUGAACCCGCUUCGACUUUAGCAGAGGCAUCAUUUAUCUCCUUCCCGCCUGUCUCACCCUUGACUGACUCGCCAAUCAGCAUAGCCAAAGAUGCUGCAACAAGAUAUACGUCAAAAGCUGAGUCGAAGAGCGAAUUUUAUUCUGUUGGUCAAUUGUGGUUAGCUUGGAAUGAAAGGGAAAGUGGUGUGAGAGAUUAUCUCGUGAAAGCUCAAGCUGGAGGUGUGGGUCUUGUAGCUAUAACAGAUAGAAGAGGUGUAGUAGAAUACUUGACUGGAGAGCAUGAUGGUUCAGGUAGAAUAGUAGGUAAAGGCGAACAAGUUGAUACGGGUAAAGGUGUUUCAGCGGCAUCAGCAACUGUAGAAGCUUUACCAUCGGCAUUGCAAUCAGCAGAAGCUGGACCUUCGAAACCUGCGGCUCCUAUAAAAAGGACGUAUGAAGUGGAUGUAGCAGAUCGAGAAUUUUGCAAGAAGCUACGUGCAGAAGAAGUAGAGCUGCGAGAUCGAAAUACUGUUCUUCGUUCGUCAGGUGGUGGGAAAGUCAACAAUUUUGAAUCUUUCCUCAAAACUGUGAUGGUGGAGAAGAUAAGAGCAUUGAGAAGUUCAUUCGAUAAAGGAGGGAACAAAGCUGCUGCCCAACCUCAAUCUCAGACAGGACCCCUUACUGGACCCAAAAAGGCCAGGUCCAAUAAUCCAAUCAUCAUUAUCUCUUCUUCACCUACCUCGCUUCUGACGAUGUGGAACGUGAAGAAGUUCUUGGAACAGGGAAUUUUCGAACCCUCCGAAGUUGCGAGGCAGCAUGAAGCGUCUCAAGGUAAUUUCAAGGCGGAAGACAUGGUGCCUAUUCUCAGAAAGCGGAGUGGUCCUCAUGGCGACGUGACAAGCAAAUAUUACGUGGUGGACGGCGUGGAUGCACUGCAGAAAUUCGGUCAAGAUGCAUGGGAUCGAGUGGUCUGCGUCGUGACGACAGGUCAAGCAUGGCAAUUCAAACCUUACAAAUGGCAAGAUCCAAGAGUACUAUUCAGGAAUGUCAAAGGAGUAUAUUUCCAAUGGCAUAACGAGCCUAUCAAUCCAACUGUGAAAGACUGGAAUGUAACAGAGAUGAGAAUUGACAGGAACAGGAGACAUACUGAUAGACAGGUAGUAGCUGAUUUAUGGAGGAUAUUGGACGGCGCCAAGAGGAGAUAG